AUGCCCGAGUCGUACUUCAAAAAGCUUGAGGGGCAGGUCAGCGGUCUACAGUCUCGGCGACAAGCGCAGCGCGACAACGGCGACUCCGGAGUCUGUUUGGUCUGGGGUCGUCGACUUUACGACGCCGCUCUCGCACAGGACGAAACAGGCGGUCAAAAGAAGAGGUUCAGGAAGAACUCGGCGCCGAGCAUUUCCUUAAGAGACUGCAGCAAUUUUCAGGAGCGGAAACGUCCAACGACCACCCCGGCAACGGCAGGUGUAUGGACUCCUCGAGGGGCACUGCGAGCUAUACAUAUUCUCGAAUCAACUUUGAUUUCUCGCAGUCCGAGGACUCAAUCAGACUUUCGCCUCGGCCUUGUGCAUUUCAGCCGCUCAGGCCUUCGAUGA